CGAUCUAAGCCAGCUCUACUGAAAGCAUGUGGCUCUCUUUUCUUUGGCUAGCUACAUUGUAUGUGAUGGCAAUGGCCAAUACCACGGAUUCUGGAUCUUCCACUACGAGGAUCCCGAUCGAGGAUAAUAUCAUACUCCCAACACAGCAAUUCACAUCGGAUAUAACUACACUAAACAGCACAACUGCAAAGCCUGCCAUAGGUUACAACUCAUUUCCCUACGUCGUCUCUAUCGGGGCAAUGGUCAAUGGUUACUACAAGCACCUCUGCGUGGGUGUGAUCAUUUCAAAUAAGAACCUUCUGAGCGUGUCUCACUGCAUCAAGCCCCCUAAGCCAGUUCACCAAGGGAAACUGCAUGUAAUUGGUGGCUCUGACAGGCUCAAUGGGAAGAUCGAACCCCGGUUUGUUGUCAAAAUUAAAACUCAUCCUAGUUUCAAAGUGCUUAAAGGGUACGACAUUGCGGUAGUGGAGGUGUCCCCAGAGUUUCCGCUAAAUGAUGGCCGAUUUAAAAGCUUAAGCUUCAAUCUUAACCCACCUUCCGACGGAUUUGAGGCAUCGAUGGUCGGAUGGGGCCGUGUCAAAAUCGGAGAGAUGAAGGUUUUAAAGCAGACACCCUUUCGCAUCAUUGGAAAUCAGAAAUGCAUACACAGUCAUAGAUUCGUUUACCUCCGUAAUACUGAUUUCUGUGCCGUGCACUUGAAAGGAUCCCAAGGAGCCUGUGAUGGCGACUCAGGAGCCCCUUUAAUGGAUGUGGAAAAGGAGCAGCUUUUUGGCUUACUAUCCUAUGGCAGAAAUGCGUGUCAGCCACUGAUGCCCUAUGCCUUCACCCGCGUGGGUAUUUUUUCGGAUUGGAUAGAGGAGAAUAUGAGCAGCGAGGGAUAUAUGAAAAUCGGGAAAACGAAGUAAAAAGAUUUUAAGCUUUUAAGCUGAGU